CCUUGGCUGUCUGCUGUGUCUCCCCCCUCCUCACCCUCCUCCCCCCUCCGGUGACACACCAGACGAUGCGUUGACUGAGCGCAGGAGAAGAAGAAAACCUCUCCCAGCUAGCCAGCCGUCCUGCUGCUGCAUGGAGGAGGACGAGGAGCAGAGAGGAGCUUUUUCUUGGUGCUGAUCUGACCUCCAAGUCGAUGACCUCCCACCUCCUCCUCCUCCCACCACUCAUCACCUCAGGCCUGAAGCCCCGCCUCCUUUAACCUCUGACCUCAUUUUUCUUGGGCGUUAUGGAUGUGAAUCUUUUGGGCAGACCCCUCUGCAGCAUCCCUGACACCUAAACGCCUCGUCUUCCUGUGUCCGUGUGAUCGAGUGUGAACGUUCCGUCCGGCCUCCAGCAUGUCGGACGGGCUGCUGCAGGUGGAGAUCCCCGACUUUGGGAGCAGCGUUCUGGGCAGCCUGAAUGAGCAGCGGCUGCUGGGUCACUACUGCGAUGUGUCCAUCCUGGUGCAGGGUCAAGCCUUCAAAGCUCAUCGCGCCGUCCUCGCCGCCUCCUCGCUCUACUUCAGAGACCUGUUCAGCUCUGCUGCCGACUCCUCCUCUUCAUCCUCGUCCUCCUCGCCGUCCUCCUCGCAGGCGGUAUUCGAGCUGCCGUCCUCCGUCACGCCGACGUGUUUCCAGCAGAUUCUGUCCUUCUGCUACACCGGCCGCCUCAGUAUGGCUGCCAGCGAGCAGCUGGUCCUCAUGUACACCGCUGGCUACCUGCAGAUCCAGAACAUCGUGGAGCGAGGCAUGGAGCUGAUGAUGAUGAAAGCCUCGUCCUCUUCCUCACCGCUCUGCUGUGACUCACAGACGACCUCAGCAGACGAGCUCGGGGGCUUCGAUGCCCCGGCAGCGGCGCAGCAGCAUGGCGCCCCCCAGCUGCAGGAGGUCAGUCCUGACCAGCCGUCACUCAGCCCCGAGGAGCUGCUGCUGGCCGUCAGCAGAAUCAAACAGGAGAGAGCCGACACCCCUCCAGCUGAGGAGGCCGGAGGAGGAGCAGGAGAGGAGUCCCGGGUGGACAUGGUGGGAGACGUGCCUUCGUCCCGGAGCAGCGCUCUGUGUUACCUGAGUGCAGGUGGAGGUCUGGUUCCAGGGUUGCAGUCCUACCUGCUGGCAGGCGGGGGGCGCUCCAGUCCAGGAGGAUCCAGUCUGCCUACAGACUCUCCUCCCUCCCACCCCCCCACUGAGGAGGAACUGGAGGAGGACUACUACAGCAGCGCUGUCCCCCCCGGACUGUACCAACACAUCUAUGGACACCCCGGGAACCCCUACAUCCAAGAGAAAAUGGAGAUGUUGCCUCUCCCAUUGGCUAACGAGCGUCGACCCUGUGUGCUGGUUGGUCGAGACAACAUGGCGCUGCCUGCCAGUCUGAUCAGUCAAAUUGGGUACCGCUGCCACCCAUCGCUCUACACCGAGGGAGACCCAGGAGAGAAGGUGGAACUGGUGGCAGGUUCAGGUGUAUUCAUGACGCGAGGUCAGCUGAUGAAUUGUCACCUGUGUGCUGGAGUCAAACACAAGGUGCUGCUCAGGAGGCUGCUGGCUACCUUCUUCGACAGAAACACUCUGGCCAAUAGCUGUGGCACAGGAAUCCGCUCAUCCACCAAUGAUCCGAGCCGAAAACCUCUGGACAACCGAGUAUUAAACACCGUCAAACUGUACUGUCAGAACUUUGCUCCUAACUUUAAGGAGAGUGAGAUGAACGUGAUCGCGGCCGACAUGUGCACCAACGCCCGCCGGGUGCGGAAGCGUUGGCUCCCAAAGAUCCAGUCGCUGCUUCCCGACAGCCUCCCGGCCUCAGGCUCCGCCCACCAGCGCAAGGCCAAGCGUGGCGGCGGAGGAGGAGCCAGCGGGGGGGAAGCGGCGCCCUUCGAGUUGGACCUGCGGCAGCUCGGCGCCUCCUACCUCGGCCUGGACGCUGCGCUGUACGCCGAGCGCCGCGACAAGGAGGCGGAGGGGGAGAAGGAGGCUCCGCCCACCCUGCUGCCUCACCUGCAGUUCGCCGGGUCGCGGGGAGGGGGGGGAGGCGGGGGGGAGGAGGGGCUGCUAGGGGGCGAGGCGGAGGGGGGAGGGAUGCAACAGACUGAACAGCCUCCGGACCUCCCCCUCUCCCUGUCCUCCUCAUCCUCCUCACAUCCCUCCCCCCAGCCCGCAGAGCCCGCCCCUCCUCACAGGGGAUUGGCCGACACAGAUGAGAGGGGGGCGGAGCCUCCAGAAGACAGCCAAUAAGCUUUCUAUUGCAUCUGCCUACCUGUAUGUAAAUAACACAAUAGCUACCUGUCCCCACCUGUCUGUCUGUCUGUCUGUCUGUCUGUCCGUCUACCUGUCUGUCCCCUACCUCACUACCUGUCCACCUGUCUACCUCUCUGCCCCGUCUGUCUACCUGUCUGUCUGCUCGGCUCUGCUGCAUGUUCCCUGCAGGCAGCAUCAGGCCCUGAUGAUGAUGAUGAUGAAGAUUAUACUCACUGAAAAUGACGACAAUAAAGCUUCUAAAUAACCACA